AUGAAUAAAUUAUUAUUACUUACAAUUUUCUUAGGUAUAGUUGGAUAUUGCACUGCUUUAGAUUGUGCUACCGGUGCUUCUACUCAAGACAAUAUCACCUGUUAUUGUGCUCAUGGAUAUUAUGGUACUGAUGCUUCAAAAGGUUAAACAUGCUAAAGAUGCCCUGAUAACUCUACAUCUACUUCUGGUUCAGCUAACACCGGUCCUGGUAUUAAUAUUGGAGCUUGCAAUUAAUGUGUUAAUGGUUACUAUGUUACUGCUGUUGCUAAUACUGCUAGUUCCGGAACUGCUGUUUAAUGUUAAUAGUGUCCUGCUAACUCUACAACUUCUUCAGCUAUGUCAACUGUUGGUUUUUGUACUUGUUAUGAUCCUAAUGCUGCCCCCUUAAGCUCAUCAGUUACUACUUGCGCUUGCAAAAGUGGAUAUAAGGGUACUCCCACUACAACUGCAGGAAGUGCUUCAACAUGUGUUGCAAACUCUGUUAUUCUUAGCAUUUUUGCUGCUUUAUUAUCUUUAGUUUUCCUUUUUUGA